GCUUUGUCAAACCCAGAAUCGAAAUCGUUUGCAAUGAUUUUAUGGAAGAGAAACGAAUAUGAAAACACAUACCCUAAAUAUGAAAAGAGCCUUAGAAUAGCUAAUAACUUAGAACAGUAGUGGUAUCUUUUGUCCAUAGUACAUAAAAUGAACAAGAUUAUGAGGACAGGUUCAAAGUAAGUGCUGUGCACCACCAUAGCGUUUCUUCUAGUACUAAUAGUCGUAGUUUCAUUAUUCGACAAAUAUGAAUCAAAGAAAUACAAAUAUCACGAAAGACACCAGUGCUGGGGCUGGCCAGGUGCAUCGCCAUCCCGUUUGCUUCACAAGCGGGCUAGGCGUUGUCUGGUGGAAAUCAGUGUCGCACACGCUAAGGCAAGAUUACGAAUAGUUCACGCGCACGUGUUUUGUUGGUUAUGCCCUGGCAGAAGCCAACACAUCGGUAUCGCACAUCAUAGUAUCUUGUCGGGCAUUGUCAUUGUUUUAGGGGUUUCUCAGGGUAGAUGUUUUUGUUUUCUUGUCGAAUGUUCAAAAGGAACAAAGCAAGGAUAUUUUCGUGAGAAGUAGCGACGAAAUCUAUGAGAAUAUCAUUUCUAAGAAGAAGAAGAAGGCUAAAAACUAGCAUCACCAAAAUAGAAAUCGAGACCCCUCCUCUCUACAGCAAGCUCCACGAAGAAAAUUCUACUACGUUCUCGAGUGAUUGAAGCAUUUGUUGGAUUGGCUAAGAAAAUACUACGAAAAUUGAGGGUCAUGAACAUGUAAUAUUUAUGGGGCAACACACCGCGUGUACAAUGCAUAGCAGAUUUCUUGACUACGAGGACGCCGCGACUCGGAACCGCUGCCGCUCUCGGCGACGCGCGCGUUGUCCUGCAAGCGAAUAGCGUUGUCCAUUUUGUCAUAAUCCGUGAAAAUAAGGAAAGAAAUUCUAUUCAUGGUUUGUUAUUAAUAUCCCUCGUCUUACUGUAAGUGUUACUCCUUGCGCAAUAUGAAUUACGCAAACGUGAUGUUUCCCACAACAUCCAAUUCUGGUAAAGAUGAUUAAUACGCAAGAAACAAAAGCACACCACGCUCCGCAGCUAGGCGAACAAGUGACUCCAUAUCAAUGUCUACUUCGACUGUCACUGUUGGUCGUUAAAUAAUAUAUAAAAACGCGCUUCCUCGAUUUAAGCUAAACGAGAACACACUUUUCGCUGCGCGGCGGCCACGCGGGUUCUGUUUGCGCAAAAAGGUCUUCGUGAGGGACAGAGAACGUAGAUGACAUCAAGACAGAGGUUUUUGCCGCUUUGUUGGCUCCUCAUUGCUGAGGUGAAAAUCUCGUCUAUAUUUUCGGUACGGCAUAAGAAUUGGCGCAAUUCUCAAAUAUUCACAAUGAAUUGCGCUACACUCUUAUAGACGGAAAACCAUUACUCACACUCAAAAACCAAGCACAAAAAUUAAAGCUUAAUACCUAGCACGAGUCUGGCUUAAAUGGAGAAAAUUCCACUCCGAUUUUCACGGUCAAGGCUAUAUCUAUAACCUUGAGCGCCAUACAGAAGCUACCGCCUUCCUCUUUCUUGAACUUUUAGGGUACAUCCGUGAAAAUUGAGUGUGGAAGCAGUAACCCGAGCGCUUUGCUGGCUGUUCGUAACUGCUGGAUAAGACACGGAAGCCUGCAGAGAGAACAGCGACGCAACAGCAGAGAUAUUUAAAAAGUGAACGAGUCAAUCGUCUCGGUUCCAACAUGGUUUUCCUUCUAUAACUACUUCAGUAUCAAUUUGGUGAAACUGCGAGAGAACUACAUUGCUAUCUAUGUCAAUUAUACUAGCGAAAGUAGUACUCGAGAAGAUGUAGCGCAAGAGCUCUUACUCCUACAGACCAACAGCUCGGACACGCAGUUAGUAAACUGGUGUUAUCUGUACACAAUUGAGACCGAAGAUAUUUUCGGAGCUAGUGGGCAUCGGAGGAGGGUCUGCCCUUCCCUUGCUGUAGUCCUUUAAUUAUGCGCUUAUUCUCCUACUUUUUAUAGUUGUACUCGGUCCUUGUGGAAGUAGUAGUAGAUUAUAGAAGAUGAUAAAGCAUUAUGGUGGAAAUUACUUAAAUAAGUACGUAUACGUUGAUGAAUUCAAACUCGUUGUGAUGUCAUAAAUUUUGUUGAUGAUACGUAUGUCGUACUAUUAAGUAUUUGUUUACUUUAGGAUGUAAGUAGUUAUUUUUGUUGCGCUAGCAGUAUCCAUGCCGCCACGCGAUGCCGAGUGCGACGUAACUACACCGGUCGUGCGUGAUUAAUGGGCUUCCUCGGACUGGUUUGUGCCUAAAGUUGAAAAACGAUAAGGAGUUAUUUACGCUAUGUAUGGAAUAUUUGUUCUGUCAUCCUAUAAUAAGAUGAGGGCUUAAUAAUGAUAUCGUAUGAUCCCGCUCAACAGUUUCACAGAUGAAUCAGAUGAAGAAUCACGCGGACGCGCAACAUGUAAUUUGUCAUUAUAGAUACUAUUGAUAUUGAAAGUGAUUCUUGUUCUCUCCCCUUCCACUUUCAGCUUCCCCUAGAACAGAUGGAAGGUCGUUGUUGCCUGGAAGCUGCGAGUGUGAACGAUAGAGUCACUGAUGCUAAUCUAUAAACUAGACAUGUCUAAAUGUAAAUCUACUACAUGUAGAAGGCUGAUCUCUACUUUCUUGCGUCUUAUCUUUGUCCGUGUUCCACACUGAAACAGGCUGCCGCCUAAAGUCUUCACUUUGUCCGUGUCGAACUUCUGUGUUACCCUCUCCUUGAUGCGCGUUGCUUUUAUCUGUUGAGGCUCGUGGCUUUGGUUCGAGU